UCAGGGUCCUGUUUUCAUCAGUUUCCAGCUGACCCCAAGAGGCCUCUGCAGGAAGUGGGCCACUGUCCGUAAUCUUUGUGUUUCUUCUGUUCCCGUGGUCAAGCCGUCACACCCUCCACUCCAGCUAGCGGCUGCUCUUUAACUGCAUCUGCUCAGUGUCACCGGGACGGGUAAGCUGCCUUCCCCCAGACCAGGGUGCUGUGUCUGCUGCCACUCGCCUUCCAGAAAGAGCACCAGCCGACCAAGCCUCGCUGACCAGGGGGACCGGCCCAACAGCCGCUCCUGAACAGAAUGGAAGGGCCCCAGAAGAGCAGUUAUGGAACACUGGCUGAAGGUAGAGUAGAAGAUAACUGGUAUGCAACAUCAUCUUCAUUGAGGAAGAGACGAGGAGCCAAAACAGCAAAACAGAAGAGCGCAACAGCGAAAAACAGAACAGCACACACACCCAGACACUACAAGAGGCCAACCGGGCAACCCACCAAGAAACCACAAAGGGACACAGACACACAGAACCAGAGAAACAGACGAACAGCCGAGACACCCACAAACCCCCAAGCCAAGACCCAAACGCAAAAGACCAACAAAGACACCAGGAAAUCAGACACGCCCACCGCCCCCCGGCCCCACGGCCCCACCCGGGGCACCCAGCGACCCAGCUGCACCGCCCACGAGCCCAGGACCGGGAGGACGGGAAAAGAGGGAAGGAGGGCAGGGGGCAAGAGACAAGGAAACACCCCAUCAACCCACACACAAAAAGGAAAGACCGAGACAGUGAGACAUUAUGUGGCGAACACCGACAACCACAGCCUGAAGCGCCUGGUGCGGGAGAGUGAGUGGAGGUACUGCGCCUUCAACAACAGGGCCACGAGGGAGGAGCAGCGGCGGCAGCUGGAGGAGCUCAUGGCUGUGGUGGAGAGACUGGAGCGGGAGCGCGAGGGCUCCUUCUAUAGCAACGGCCUGUUCCUCGAUGCUGAGAUGCUGCAGCGAGGCAGGGACGGCCCCUGCCGGGAAGACUACAGGCAGUACCUGGGCAAGGUGAGGCAGCAGGUGGAAAAGCAGAAGCGAGAGCUGAGAGAGGAGGAGAGUAACUGGGCGGCCAAGGCGCUGCUCAGGGCCCGGCGCUGCGUGGCUUCACACAUGUUAAUAUCUGUCCUUCUUGCCAUAGGUGCUCUGAUUUUUAUUGUCAUUUUAAUUGCCUUGUCUACUUCUCAUGGAUAGUCAGCAUUUUCAGGUGAUUUCUACCAUCUAUCUCUCCAUUUUCUUUUUCAGAGUACAUACAGCGCUUUGCUUUUUGUAUAACUUCAUUCCCAAUUUCCUUUCUUGGAUGACUUCAAGUGCUUUUAAGUAAAUAAAAUA